CGGCGGGGCGCCUGCUGCUUCUUGGCGACCUGAGCUGAUGAUCGGCGACGCCUGUGGUAGGGGCGCGGCCCGCGACUUCUGCGGGAGGGGCGCGGACGGGGGACUACUGUCUGAAGUCUGAAGUCUGAACCCAUCUAAAACAGCCGCAAUCCCACACCAGUACACCAAUAUCCAACUCGAGCAGAGGCAGAGCUGAGCGGCGAUGCUCCGCCUACUCACCGCCUACUCACCGCUCCGCCUACCCUCUACCGGCGGCAGCGCUCGCCGGAGGAGCGCCGCCGCCGCCGCCGGGACCAUCACGAUGCGGGACCGGAGCAAGAACCGGAAGCCGACGCAGCGCGGCCGGUACCUCAGCACAGAGGCCAUCCAGGCCGUCCAGUCCCUCAAGCGCGCCGCCCUCCGUAGCGGCUCCGCCGCGUCCGCUGCCGCCGCGGUGGAGCCCAAGCUGCGGCGCCUCCUCAAGGCCGACAUGGUCGCCGUGUUCCGCGAGCUCGCCGCGCAGGGCGAGGCCCUCCUGGCCCUCCAGGUCUUUGACGAGAUUCGGAAGGAGCAUUGGUACAGGCCUAGGUUGCUGUGGUACGUAGAUCUUGUUACAGUGCUUGCAAGCAAAGGUUUACAGUCUGAGGUCGACAAAGCCUGUUCAUACCUGAAGAGGGAACAACUGGAGCCAGACACUGAAGGUUUCAAUCUGCUUCUGAAGGCACUCCUAGAUGCUGGGUUCACACAAUUAGCAAUGGAUUGUUUCCGUCUGAUGAAAUUGUGGGACAGUGAUCCUGAUAGGAUAACAUAUACAACGUUGAUCAAAGGUCUUGAAUCUGUAGGAAAAAUGGAGCUAUGUGCUGGUAUACAGUUGGAGGCAGAAAAUGAUUAUGGUUCCUUGGACUUCCUUGAUGAAGUGGAGAUCAAAGAGGCUUGUACAAGUAGUUCAUAACAGGUUGCCCAGUGGAGGGCUGCUUGCUUAUUGAUCAAACAAGCAAGAGUUACACCUGCAUAGUUCGGAAUGAUCAUAUGGCAACCUGGAAAAGAAAUCAUCCCAAAUAUAUGCAUUGUUUAGGGUUUAUAAAGUAGAACACCAUAACUUGUUGCAGCAAUCACUACUAACUACUGACAUUUAGCUGAUUAUGUGUCCAGAAUACCUGAAGGACUACUUGCAGCUUUGGCAGUCCGUAUUAUCUUUUUGUAACUUGUCUAGAUUUUUGUUUGAAAAGUUCUCUGCAUCUAUUCAUACUGUUGGCACCUGAAUUAUAGUCACAUUACUGUUCUCUCUGCAUAGUCGCAUUUCUGUGUAAACGGUUGUAUGCUUCCAUUCACACUUAAUCAGAGCGUGAUUGUAAAUAAUUUUGCUUUAGAAAUAAGUAUUGGAGAUUGCUGUGUGUAA